AUGACGAGCACAGUCUAUACCUUAUACCUUCAACAAGGUGCUGGAAAAUAUGAAGACAGCGAAGAAAGCGAUUUCUCCCAAGAAAGCGAAGUCUCUAGCCAAGGAACGGAGUCUUCCCAAGAGGAAGAAACGGAAAACUUAGAGCCUUGGUCACGCAUUCUUGGUGAAGCCGAGAAACGCCAUGAGACCCAGCUCAACGCAUUGAUCAAUGAGUACGAAGGGGACGGAGAUUCAGAAAAUGUGGCCCGCGUGAAAGCCGAGAACGCUCUUCUUCCUGUUUACAGAAAAGAGCUAAGAAAAGUACUCUUAGAGAAUCUACAGUGGAUGCGUGCAAUGAAAAAAGACCCCACCUUCAAAAAAGUGAUGGAAACUCAAAAAUAG